GAUUGUUGGCUCAUCUUUCACGAAGUCGUGAACCGCCGCCAUGGCCACGCAAGUCACGCAAGUCGUCGAGGAGGACCUUGACGGCCACGGCCCAGAGGCAAGGAAGUGCAAUACAAACAAUACGCAGUCGACGUCGGCGGAUUCGAGGAGAUCCUCCAAGAUGUCAGAUUUGAUGGAUUAUGAUUUGGGUGCUCCCAGCAGGCCUUCUACCUCCAGGAAGACGGGCCUGGACCGCUCCGGCUUCCAGAUGGCCGCAGGACGUAUCCUGGACGAUGUGGCCAAAUUUGCGGCCAUGAGCGUUCCGCUCAUUGCGUAUACCAGACCAAGUGGUAUGAAGGAGCCCUUAAGCCCAGUCUCCACACCGCCGGUGAACCGAAUCAUCCAAAGCAUGCCUCUGACGGAGUUCUUCGGUUUACAGAAGGCGCCUAUGGUGCUGCAGGAGCUACCGGCUCGCUGCGUGUCGAUGCCGGAGGAACCCAAGCGGAUGAUCGAGAGCGAUGAGUUCGAAGAGGAUGGCCUGUUGCACUUAGAAGGCGCAGAGCAGUUGGUGAGCAAACAACGCAGCAACAUCAGCAACUGCUCGCUUCGCUCGGUGGGAGAGCUUUCGCAACAAACCUCCAGUGCUCAGUGGCAAGAACCCGAACAGGGUGUGAUCAUUGUGGACUGGGAUGAUACCUUAUUUCCGACCUCAUGGCUG